GUCAAUAAAAUAUCAAAAAUGAAAUGCCAAGAACAUAGGUUAUUUAAAAAGAAAAUUUGCUUUUUUCUUCGAUUAACCGUUUAUUAUCAUUAAUUAUAAUACAAAAGUUUGUAAAUAUCUAUAUAAAUAAACUGACUAUGGAUCUCAUAUCUUGCUAGUAUUAGCGUGUUAUUAUUUUAUAGUUCUCCUGACCAGAUAAUUCAAUGUAAAAACAAUGUCCUCUUAUUUUGAUUAUUUUUGUGUAAAUAUUUAUACUAAUUGCGCAGCACGCAACGAUAUAAUUCAUGGAACAUGCAAUUCUAUGUGCCCACAGAGCGAACAAAAUUUGAGAGAAAAAGAAGGCCUAGUCCAUAUAUUGGAAGUGCUAGGUUCUGAGAGGAAACUGGUAAAAUGCUACAGCAGAUCAGCAGCAGAUUCCAACAUGGCAGUUCCAAACCUGCUUCGACCUUACAAUGUAUUGAGAGACACUGUGGAUUAUUUGUUACUUGAUGUUACCAGGAGAGUUGAUGUGCCAAUAUCAUCAGUAUACGACUUUGUGAAUGAUCGGCUCAGGGCUGUCCGCCAAGAUAUGACCAUUCAGAGGCUGCCACCUGAGCAAUGUGUUAAUUUACUUGAGCCUAUGAUCAGAUUCUAUGUCUAUUUUGGAUACAAAUUAUGUGAACACCCACUAAGUGACUAUGAUCCAGUCCUCAAUAAAAAGUACUUAUUGGAAUGCAUUAAGUGGUUUCUCAGUUGCUACGAGAGUGUACAACUAUGGGAGAACAAUGCUAAAAUCAAUGAGAUAAGCAGUUUCUUAUCCAACUUAGAAAUAAACAAUAGAUAUAUGAAGAAAUUGACCUGUGAUAGAGAACUGAUGGAGAGUUUAUAUAUAUUGUGCAAUUUGGGCGAUGUUCACCCGUUGUAUCGCUAUUUCAAUUUGCCAAAGGACAUAAAAAGUAACUCGACAGUGCAGUUAUCAUAUAAAAUAGCAAUAGCACAUUUGAAAGGGAACUACGCGCGUGUAUGCAGUAUGCUAGAUGCAUUAUGCCCCCUGACAUACUUUGCUGUCUCCGUGUACUUACCUACAAUACAGAGGAACGCUCUACGAGUGAUGAGCCACGCGUACAAUAGCAGGCAGCUGGCGGUGCCCACUGCUGUACUCAGGCAGUGGCUGUGGUUUCCCAGUGAUGCCGAUGUCAUCACCGUUUGCGAACACUACGGAUUGCAGGCUGAGGGCGCCACUGUGCGGUUCUCUAAAGCAGACUUCAAGACUGAAGUUGCUACUCAUGAACCAAAAAAAUUAUUAUUGCACGAGGAAACAUUAAAAAUGGACUUGGAAAAUAUCUUUACCUAUAAAAUACAAAAAUAACCAGUAUCGUCCGAUAGUGCUUAUAAUACUAAACUGCUGUGAUACUAGUGUUUAAAAAUAAUAAAACUACUUUAAAUAUUAUAAAGGAA